AUGAGCUCUCCUUUCCCCGUGCCCAAUGUCUUUACCUACGAGGAGUAUUUGUUGAGGAGAAGCAUCCAUUCUUGGCCGGACUCCGGGACGCCAUUAAUGUGUCUCCCUCCAAAAUCAUUGUUUCACUCGUCUCUAGUUCUCGCAGAGGAGGAAGUCAUUGAUUGUUCGACGAGUUCCAUGGAGUAUACUAUUCCCCUGACAGAGUUAAUGCUCGCCUUUUGUCCUUAA